GCGCCAUCCACACAAACCAAAGUGGGCAGAAAAAUUCCCAUUUCGACUUUGUAACUUCUCCCGCAAGAAACCAGGACGACCAAAGAUACCCGGACUUUCCAAGUAGGAGCUCGCCUUCAAAAGGGAAGAUACGAUGGGUCGCGUGAUUCGAAACCAGAGGAAGGGUGCCGGCGGCAUCUUCAAGGCCCGCACCCGCCUGAACAAGGCCCCCGCCAAGUUCCGAUCCCUCGACUACGCCGAGCGCCACGGAUAUGUCCGGGGUGUUGUGAAGGAUAUCAUCCACGACCCGGGCCGCGGCGCACCGCUGGCUCGCGUCACCUUCCGUGACGCCUACCGUUUCAAGCAGCACACCGAGACCUUCAUCGCCAACGAGGGAAUGUACACUGGCCAGUUUGUCUACGCCGGAAAGAACGCCGCCCUGACGGUCGGCAACGUUCUGCCCCUGGGCUCCAUCCCCGAGGGUACCAUCGUCUCCAACGUCGAGGAGAAGGCCGGCGACCGCGGCGCGCUAGGCCGCACUUCGGGCAACUACAUCACCGUUAUCGGCCACAACCCCGAUGAGGGCAAGACCCGUAUUAAGCUGCCUUCGGGCGCUAAGAAGGUUGUCAGCAGCCAGGCUCGUGGCAUGAUCGGCAUCGUCGCUGGUGGCGGACGUACCGACAAGCCCCUGCUUAAGGCCUCGCGUGCCAAGCACAAGUUCGCCGUCAAGCGCAACUCGUGGCCCAAGACUCGUGGUGUUGCCAUGAACCCCGUCGACCAUCCUCACGGUGGUGGUAACCACCAGCAUAUCGGUAAGGCCUCGACCAUCUCGAGAUACGCGGCCCAGGGACAAAAGGCGGGUCUUAUUGCUGCGAGGAGGACGGGUCUGCUGCGUGGUACCCAGAAGACGAAGGAGUAAGAGUUUCCUGGUUCGGCUCGUGGGACGGGGUUCAUCGGAUUGCAUGGAUCAUUGCUUUGUAGUUAAGGGUACUUUUUGCGGGAACGGGCAGCAAUUUGCGAUGCUCUGGCCGGUGCUUGCGUGGUAUCCAUGGUUUAUAAAAGGGAUUUCCAGUUCGCAGCAAAAGGGGGCCAUCUCGGUUUUACGAAGCAAAUCAAAUGGGCAGUUCUUUUUUUUCUUGGGCAUUAAGAUCCCACAUGCGGAGAAGCAAGUGCGCAUGUCGUCGGUUGACUUGGAACGUGAACAAACAUCACACGAUAUUCAUGA